AUGAGUCAGAUAGCCCAACAACUAGCGGGUUCUCAACAACAAGGCAUUUUACCAAGUUCUACGGUUACUAAUCCAAGAGAAAAUAAUCAUGUGAAUGAGGUGACCACAAGGAAUGGUAAGUCGAAAGAAGUACCUGAGAAGAGUUCUGAAGAAGAAGACUUAUUGCUUGAAGUUUAUCUAGAGAUAAAAGAAAAUGAGGUUGCGAAUGAAGAGGUUACCAGUGAUGAAAGAGGGGUCAAAGAUAAAGUUAUUGAUCCAAAACCGGUCGUCAAACUGCCAUUCCCAACAAGAAAUAAGAAGAAAGGGCAGCAUAAGAAAAACUUUGAGAAGUUCUUGGAGAUGUUUAAAAAGCUUGAGCUAAACAUUCCGUUCUUGGAGGCGCUUGAGCAAAUGCCUACCUACGCAAAGUUCAUGAAAGACAUCAUCUCGAAGAAGCGGACCAUAGAGACUAACUCGAUUAUUCUAACGGAAACUUGUAGUGCCAUUUUGCAGGGUAUGAAGGUUCCGGUGAAAAAGAAGGAUCGAGGUUCUGUGACUAUUCCAUGUACCAUUGGAGAUAGAUCCUUCAAGAAAGCUCUAAUUGAUUUGGGAGCGAGUAUAAGUUUUAUGCCAUUGUCUAUCUAUAAGAGGUAG